AUGAUUCUUCCCAAGUCUAUCAUUGUCCCUGUGGCAGUCGUUGCCCUCACAGUUGCCACUCCAGCAAGCGCAGCACCUCAAUCUAUGCCUACAAGCGCACCAGCCGAUCUCAGCAAAACAGCUCGCCUCCAAGUCGCAGACACGGCCGUGGAUCGUUACCAAAUACUAUCCAAAGACGAAGACUUCGUCUUUGACUUCGGCAAGAGUGGAAUCCCCUUCGCCAACCGCAAGACCUUCCCAGCCCUUACAGGCUAUGGCACCUCCUUCAGUCUCGGUUCCCUGCCAGCAUGCGGCAUGGCAUUCCUUCACCUACACCCUCGCGCUACAGAGCUUUUUGCCCUUACCUCUGGCCACGUGCACACAGAGAUGGUUCCCGAAGGAAAUGUCCUUGACUCUAAUAAAAAGCAACGAGUCAUCCAGACAGAUCUCUAUCCCGGGAUGAUGACUAUUUUCCCAGCUGGAUCGUUCCAUACGCAAGUCAAUCCGGACUGUGAGCCUGCCAAUUUCUCGGCAGCACUUACGGCUGAAGACUUUGGGAUUUCCAUGGUUGCUGAUCAAACCUUUUCUCUCACUGACGAUAUUAUUGCCGGUACGUUUGGACAGAGUAUUGCUGGGGAGGAUAUUGAACGUGUGAGGGGUGCUAUUCCGGGUGCUACUUUGAUUAGGGUUGAGGAGUGUCUAAAGAAGUGUGGCAUUCAGAAACGCUAG